AAAAAUGAAAUAAAUAACAAUAAAAAAUCAUAGGUAUAAAUAAUCCCAUUUAAUGUGAAUUUAGGACACAGAAUAAAAAAAAAAACUAAAUCAAAAACACAAAACUGAGCAGCGCCGAUUACAACGCAACGGCGAGGAAGUUAGGCAGAGUUUGAUUUUUUGUGUUGCUCGAAAUGGGUGUUCCUAAGCAAAAAUGGUCAGAAGAAGAGGAAUCCGCACUUAAAGCUGGAGUUAUCAAGCAUGGGGUGGGUAAAUGGCGUACGAUCCUCAAGGAUCCUGAAUUUAACCAUGUUUUAUACCUUCGGUCAAAUGUUGAUCUAAAGGAUAAAUGGCGAAAUUUGAGCGUGAUGGCAAGUGGAUGGGCUUCGAGGGAGAAGCCAAAGGGAGCAAUGAAAAGGGUGCAUUAUCAGGCACCAAGACAUGAGGACAACUCUAUGGCUGUCACUCCUUUUUUUCUAAGCGAUGAUGAAAUUGUUGAUGUUCAGCCUCUUCAAGUUUCAAGAGAUAUGCUGCAAAUUUCUGGCCCAAAAAGCUCUAGUAUAAGGUUGGAUAACCUUAUAAUGGAAGCUAUAUCUAGCUUGAAUGAACUUGGUGGUUCUAAUAAAACAACCAUUGCUUCAUUCAUUGAGGACCAUUACUGGGCACCGGCUGACUUCAAAAAGCUGCUGUCAGCAAAACUGAAAUAUCUUACAUCUCGUGGAAAACUGAUCAAGGUGAAGCGCAGGUAUAGGAUUGCACCUACUCCAGCAUAUUCAGACAGAGGAAGACACCCAUCAACAUUGUUAUUGGAAGGGAGGCAAAAAGGCUCUAUGAAAUUUUACAGGGAUGAGAGCAAUAUCCCUACUAAGUCUGAGAUCGAUUUAGAAUUAGAAAAAAUAAGGUCCAUGUCUGCACAAGAGGCAGCCGCAUAUGCUGCUCGAGCAGUUGCUGAAGCGGAAGCCCUCAUGGCGGAGGCUGAAGAGGCAACAAAGGAGGCAGAGGCUGCAGAAGCGGAGGCAGAUGCAAUGGAAGCUUUUGUAGAAGCUGAAAGGAAAAGGCUGAAGGAGAAAAACACCCAAAGACGAUGAUCCCUGCUUGAUUGAAGUGUGAAGAAUGAGACUUGAGGAGCGUGAUCCGUGGCGUUGGGUAGGACAGAGAGUCAGUUCUUCAUAACCAUUUGCUGGCAUUCUCUAUAUCUUAUGAAGAACUAGACCUUGAAAUAUACUUGUUGUAGAUUAGGAACAUUAUUUGAAUCUUUUGUUGUAAUUUCUUGAGAGUGGUUCUUUCCAUUAGCCCUCUUCAAGUAUACCAUUUGUAGAAAGCAGAUGUUUAGAUGAAUUGGAAUCUAUUCAAAUAUUUGCAAAAGCAUAUAGUUUUAUUAGUGAAACCUUUCAUAAAAAAACCUUUUAAGUUAAAGAAAGGAUUUAUUAGGGA